AUGAACUAUCACACCGUCCAACAAUACAGGCCAUCGCCUAAUAGACAACACACGAUGGGCCACCCCUCUCCCACGCCCGGAACUCAGAUGAUGUACCCUUACGGGGGCCUUGCCCCACAAGGACAGCAACAGCAACAUCCACAGAACCUACUGCAAAUGUCCAGACCAUCGCCACCACAACCGUCAUGGGCGAUACCGCAGCCUCACCCUCCGUACUAUGGUGCGCCAAGAGGUCCUGUCGUGGGUGGUAGACAAGAUUCGGGGCACUCACUGGCGCGAACAGAUGUGAAUGUAACCCAGCCAGCUGUCACAAGCAGCGACUUCUACAGCAACAGCAUGGCGCCCCCUACAUCGCUGGCACCUACUGAUUUCUUUCCGGGUGUCAUCGAUACAAGUCCAUGGGGUCAGAAGGUUUGCGAAGAGUUGGAAUCAUUUCCUUCCCUGGAUCCAGAUGUCACCGACUUCAGCAACGGUAUCAUGGGACACGACGAGAAUACACCCAUCAUCGACCUGCGCCAAUACAAUGGCAUGCCACAACAGGAGCAUGACAGCAUGGCAAAUUUGAACCCGAACACUACCCGACGCCUAUCAGAGUCUUCUUUCUCAAUGUCGAGCACAGGUGGUGUGCUUCCAGAGCCAGUAGCUUACGAGGACUUGGGUACUUCGGAGCCAGUGUCAUAUCCCGCCGAGUAUGACACAUGGAGCCGCCCAGAACCAAGUCAGAGCCAUCUCCUAUCCCCGCUUGCGUCACCAUGUCGUCCUCAGUACGACGGUGUGGUGAGAAGCGGGAGUCGCUCGCGCGCCUCGCCAGCACCGCACAAUAAUGUGCGGUCGUCGCCAUAUACACUCGACAGUGGCCGUUUCAAAAGAUGGUCUACCGGACACGCGCCAACGUCAACCCCCACCAAUGCCCGAACAGUAUCCCAAGUACCGAACCACUUUACGCCAUACGGCCCAAGGAUGAAUCCCCACCAUUCCAUGCCAACCUACCCUUCAGGUGCAUACAACAACUACGGGAUGGCUGCCCAGAACGUCUUGUAUUCGCAGACAAACCCUCAGCAUACCAACACCCCACCAUACUUUGCAGCACAAGAUCAAUCGCCCUACCAUCUUGAAGUGCCUCGACCACUGCCUUCUCAGGGCCUCUUCCGUCUGCUUCAGAGUAAUGCAGACCGCCAUGGUGGCUGUUCAUCCCACUUUGCUGACCUUUCGGAUCCCCCAGACCUAUACUCAUCACUACACGAAGAAGCCUCGAACCCGCCUGAGUCUGACAUGAACCCAUCGGACCCAGACCUUAUCCCGCACGAGCAAGAUCUUCGAUUCGUGGGUGACUUGUACACUCCACGAUGGGUACGCGGACAUGGAAACAAGCGUGAAGGUUGGUGCGGGCUCUGCAAACCAGGACGAUGGCUAGUUCUGAAGAACAGUGCAUUCUGGUAUGACAAAUCGUUUACGCAUGGUGUUAGUGCAGCUACCGGCGCAGCAUUCCAAGGUCCACAGGAGACUCGCAGGACAGAAGGUAAUCUGGAUGUCUGGGAAGGACUUUGCGGAAGCUGCGGAGAAUGGAUAGCGCUGGUAAGCAACAAGAAAAAGGGAACGACAUGGUUCCGCCAUGCGUACAAGUGCCACACACACCCAAAAGUCAAAGACGGCCCAAAAAGGCGUCGGGAGACACAAGCUGGGCGAGUUCGCGCAGCGUCAUCUGCCUCGUCGACCUCGUCUCCGUACCCGUUCAAGCAUGACACAUUGCAAGCAGACCCGACUUCUCAUCGACAUUCCACACCCACUCCGAUCCCAGGGAGCGCAUCACUACAAUCAUAUGGCAGGCCUUUGCCAACGUCUACGCCGACAUCGACCCCUCGACCUAGCAGUUCGUGCCAUCCAGGCAGUGCUGCGUAUCCCACGCCUUCUUCAGCAACACCAACGAUGCAGUCACUCCGAACGCCCACGAUCGCAUCGGCCAACCUGAGUCACAUGGAUCAAACCACUAGGCAAGAGUCUGUUGUUGGCAUGUUCACAACGCCAUUACAAAGUCUACCAAACUUCCCCAACCAUCAGUACACGCCAGACUUAGCACACCAAGUAAGCGAACCAGAGCUCGUUGGUAUACGAACGACCACAGUCGCAUUGAACUCGAUAGCGAGUAUGAUAUGAGGUUGCCAUGGUGGAACUGAAGGGUGACAGUGCGCCAUCUUCACUGAUUUGUGUUUGUUGUUUCC